UUAAAAAACACUUCAGUUUGAAGAUGAAUCCAGAGAGACUGCAUGUGAAUUUACAGACCUUUGAAAACCUGCUGUGAGUCACAUUUGUUCUUUCUCUGGUUGGUUUCCUGGUUGAAGCUGCUGAUUAAUUUCACCUUCGGUCGACGACUUCAUGCAGAUUAUUUUUUAUCAUCAAAAGACUCUGAAGUUAUGAGGCUGUGACGGCGUCCUCAGAUCAGAUGCACACAGACACCAGGACUGACGAGGAAGAAAUGAGCAGCUUCUUCUCUCCCAGUGUUUCCUCCACACAUGAAGGUGCAAAGUGUCUGUAAGUCGACCUGAAGUGAGUUCAGCAGGUGUGGGCUCUGCUAUGAAUCAGUGUGAGGACAGAGAGGAGGGAGUCCCUCCCUCUAAAAGCACUCUGUGUGGGGAACAUGACAGCCAGACCAAAGCUCAGAGCCCAGAGCAGCAGCAGGGACCAGACUCUGCUGGACCUGGACCUGGACCUGGACCUGGACCCAGCUGUGUGUCCAUCAAGUGUGACUGGUCUAUGGACAGACCCAUUGUCUUCAAAGGUGGACCCCACUCUGCUGGACCUGGACCUGAACCCAGCUGUGUGUCCAUGAAGAGUGACCGGUCUAUGGACAAAGCUAUUGUCUUCAAAGGUGGACACCACUCUGCUGGACCUGGACUUGAACCCAGCUAUGUGUCCAUGAAGAGUGACCGGUCUAUGGACAAAGCUAUUGUCUUCAAAGGUGGACACCACUCUGCUGGACCUGGACUUGAACCCAGCUGUGUGUCCAUGAAGAGUGACCGGUCUAUGGACAAAGCUAUUGUCUUCAAAGGUGGACACCACUCUGCUGGACCUGGACCUGAACCCAGCUGUGUGUCCAUGAAGAGUGACCGGUCUAUGGACAAAGCUAUUGUCUUCAAAGGUGGACACCACUCUGCUGGACCUGGACCUGAACCCAGCUGUGUGUCCAUGAAGAUGACCGGUCUAUGGACAAAGCUAUUGUCUUCAAAGGUGGACACCACUCUGCUGGACCUGGACUUGAACCCAGCUAUGUGUCCAUGAAGAGUGACCGGUCUAUGGACAAAGCUAUUGUCUUCAAAGGUGGACACCACUCUGCUGGACCUGGACUUGAACCCAGCUGUGUGUCCAUGAAGAGUGACCGGUCUAUGGACAAAGCUAUUGUCUUCAAAGGUGGACACCACUCUGCUGGACCUGGACCUGAACCCAGCUGUGUGUCCAUGAAGAGUGACCGGUCUAUGGACAAAGCUAUUGUCUUCAAAGGUGGACACCACUCUGCUGAUCAAAGGAUCCAUCGGCAGAGACCAGAUUCUCCUGGACCCAGCUGUGUGUCCGUGAACAGCGACCGUCAUGUCCCUGUUCACUUCAAAGCUGGACAUAAUCGUGCUGAACAAAAAGUUGAUGAGCAGAGCUCAGAGGUUCCCAGUGGUCAGUCUGCCCAGCAUCAAACA